GACCAUAAGUUGUGGAUGAAAUAGGGUGAGUGAGAUCCUCUCUCUCCUCUAUCAAAACCGACACUCUCUCUCCCUCUCUCUCGAAAAACCAAACCGCUGAAGCCUGAAACCAACUGAUUCUCCAACGGCCACUCUAACCAUUUGCAGCAUGGAGCUUUUCCUUCUUCCUUGUCACCAUCACAACCCAACUCUGCUCCACAGGCCUCUCUUCCCACAACCCAUCACAAGCAACAGCAAGAGAUUCCUCAAGAGGAAGUCACAUGUGUUGCCAUGUCAAUGCUCACUGCCUUCCUCAGAUGAUUCUGCAAAACCAACCAACCAAAUUACACCAUUUGAGGGCAGGAGGGCUUUGAUUGGCACUCUCUUAGCCUCAGCUGCUGGCAUUUAUGUGUGUGAUGGGGCUGAAGCUGUUAGCACAAGUAGGAGAGCUCUAAGAGGAGCGAAAAUACCCGAGAGUGAAUUUACAACCCUUCCCAAUGGCCUGAAGUAUUAUGACUUGAAGGUCGGGGGUGGAGUUGAGGCGGUGACAGGAUCCCGGGUUGCAGUUCAUUAUGUUGCGAAGUGGAAGGGUAUCACUUUUAUGACAAGUAGACAAGGACUUGGUGUUGGUGGAGGAACGCCAUACGGAUUUGACGUAGGCCAAUCUGAGAGGGGAUCAGUCCUUAAAGGAUUAGAUCUUGGUGUAAAAGGCAUGCGGGUAGGAGGCCAGCGAUUGCUAAUAGUUCCUCCCGAGCUAGCGUAUGGAAGCAAAGGAGUACAGGAAAUUCCUCCAAAUGCAACCAUAGAGUUGGACGUUGAACUACUCGCCAUUAAACAAACCCCAUUUGGGUCUCCUGUAAAAAUUGUCGAAGGUUAAUGAAACUAAGCUCUUCCUACUGAUUGUCAUGCCUCUUGUGUAAUUUAAAUGAGGAAACAUUAUCUUGCUAUUCUCUUCAUUGUAAACCGUAAAGGUGUCCUUUUGUUCGACACUAAAACAAGGGUAACUGCAUAAAUGAUACAAAUAUCAUUAGCGUUGUAAGUUUCAUUCAGAACCUCAAAAUAUUUCUCGGAAAUUCUCUUUUUUGGAAGUACUAUCCUUGAAUGAUCAGAUCAUCGUUUGCUUA